AGUGUGUGUAGAUGUAAAAGUUACCAAUCAACAGUUUUCUCUCUGUCUCAGAGAGUGUGUAUGUGAGCGUGUGUGUGUGUGUGUGUAGGGCACGGCCGUGGCCACACUGGAGGUUCUACAGGAAGUUCUCCAGAUUCUUUGGAGUGUUUGGAGUGUUUGGACUCUCGGUGGGUGAGGGUGGCAGUGUGUGGUGGGGGACACGAUGGCGACCCUCCUGAUGCGACUGUUCCGUCUAGGAGUGGAGAAGAAGCGAGUGAGGCAGUAUGAACAUCUGAAGAGGGAUGUGGAUCCUCGUGAGAGCUGGGAGACCUUGGGGGAACUGGGCGAUGGAGCGUUCGGAAAAGUCUACAAGGCUCAGAACAGGGUUAGUGGUGUGAUGGGUGCGGUUAAGGUGAUGGAGGUACGCAGUGAGGAGCAGCUGGAGGAUUACAUCACUGAGAUCAACAUCCUGGCAGAAUGUCGUCACGCCCACAUCAUCUCCCUGCUGGAGGCCGUAUACUUUGAGGGAUGGCUUUGGAUCCUCAUUGAGUUCUGUCCUGGAGGAGCACUGGACGACAUCAUGUUAGAGCUGGAGCGUGGUCUGACGGAGCAGCAGAUCAGUGAGGUGUGCUGUCAGACUCUGCAGGCUCUGUCCUACCUGCACCAGCACCACAUGAUCCACCGAGACCUGAAGGCUGGAAACAUCCUGCUCACCAUGGAGGGACACAUCAAACUGGCUGAUUUUGGAGUUUCUGCAAAAAACGACAACACCCUGCAGAGACGAGCCACGUUCAUAGGAACUCCGUACUGGAUGGCUCCGGAGGUGAUCAUGUGUGAGACGUCGAAGGAUACUCCAUACAGCAGUAAAGCUGAUAUCUGGUCUCUGGGCAUCACUCUGAUUGAAGCAGCAGAGAUGGAGCCGCCCCACCACUCCCUCAACCCCAUGAGGGUCCUACUAAAGAUCACCAAAUCCCCCCCGCCCACACUGACCCACCCACGCCGCUGGUCCUCCCAUUUCCAGGACUUCCUGCGGAGGGCGCUGCAGAAGAACCCGGAGUCCCGUUGGGGAGCUCAGCAGCUGCUGGCCCACCCAUUCGCCUACGCCGGUCGUGACGGUCGAGCCCUGAAGGAGCUCAUAGCCGAGGCUAAAGCCGAGGUCACAGAGGUCAUAGAGGCAGAGUUACUAUCGGAUCUCCGGUGUUCUGUUGACGAAGCAGGACCGUCCGACACGGACCCUCCAGCUCAGCCGGACCCAGGAACAGAUCCACCCCCAGUUCCUCAGACAGCUCCAUCCGAGGAACCGGCAGCGUCUCAGCCUGACCCUGAGGUCAGUAAAGGGGUUAAAGUGACCCGCCGAGCGUCCAGCGCCCCGGAUAGAGCCCAGAAGCUGGUGCGGCGUCUCUCUAUGCCCGGAAACCUGCUGUCCUUCUUCACCGGCGGCUCCCGCAGGUGCAAGUCCGGGUUCUGGGGCGACGCAUUGAAACCUGAGGGGAACCAGGAGCAGCAGGACAUGGAUAAAGCAGAAGGUCGGAGCGAAGAACAUUCAGAAGCUGGAACAGAAGCUCUGGACGUUUCACACCACAGUGAUGGAGGGAGCAGUAAGGGAGGAAGGGAGGAAACACCUGAGUCUGAUCAUCAAACUUCAGCCAGUCAGGCCAAAGACAACACUGACACCAAAGAGGGGGCAGAGCCUGAUGGCCAGUGCAGGAGCGCUAAAGAAGAUGCAAACUGUCUCAAAGCAGAAGAGACCCAACAGCAAGGAGAAACACUAGAUACUACCAGAGAGGAAGCUGAACAUACAGAGGAAGAAGAACGAAUACUGAAGCAGUGUAGUGCAGAAGCUAAAGCUGUGGUUGAGGAUGGAGCCAAUCAGGAACCAGCAUUCUGGAGAUGCCUCCACCCUCCUGACUCGACAACCAACGAAAAGAACCAGGAUGAUACAGAUCUCCUGACCGAGGCUCUGAGUUUGGAUACAUCAAACAGAAGUGAACCAGUUGAAGCGAAAAAGCACCGUUCACACGAUUACCUGGAUUUAGCCGGAUUUACAUCACAGGCUCAGCUUUCCUUCACUAAAGAAGAGCUUAGCAGAAGCCCAGCAGUGGAGAAAGAGAGUACAAAUACCUGCGAGGAACACCAGGAACAUCAGAAACAGGCGGAGAACCCGACUUACACUUCUGAUCAGGCGAACAAAGAAGAGAAAACUGACACAGGAAGAAUAGAAGAAGAUGGAGGAGCAGAAACUCAAGAUACUAAAGACUUUAAAGAAGGUUUGGAGGAUAAAUCAGAGACAGAUAAAGAUUUUGAAAGUGUGGAGAACCAUCUCUCAGAUGCUGAGAGUCCAAGUGACAAUAUAAUAACAAAAGAAAGUGCUGAAGAAGCACCACAAAUAAUGGAAGUUACCUCCUCCAGCAACGGCAAGGAAGAGCUGGAAGAGCAGGAAUCUCCUCUAAACGAUUCUGAACAAGUUUACCUCAAAGACAAUGAGGUGAAGAUCAACGAAGAUAAAAUAGAUCAGGUGGUGAGGAAUGAGGAUGAGCUAGAAGGUGAGGAAACUAAGGAUAAAACCAGAAUAACUGACAAAUCAGUUCAACAUCAAAGUGUCAGUCUUCCCAAAAGUUGUGGCUCUGAAGUAGUAAACGAGGUAAAGAUCAAAGAAGACAUGAUAGAUCAGGAAUUGAGGCAUGAGGAUGAAGCACAAAGUGAAGAAAAUAAAGAUACAACUCCAAAAACUGACAAAUUAGACCAACAUCAAAGUGUCAGUCUUCCCAAUAGUUCUGGCUCUGAAGUGGUAAACGAGGUAAAGAUCAAAGAAGAGAAGACAAGUGAGGAAUUGAGGCAGAAGGAUGAGGUAGAAGAUAAAGAAAAUAGAGAUGACAACAGACAAGAAACUGACAAAUCAGACCAACAUCAAAGCAUCAAUGUACUUAAAAGUGGCUUUGAAAAAGUAAAAGAGGUACAGAUUGAAGAAGACAUGAAAGGUGAGGAAUUGAUGCGAGAGGAUGAUAAGGUACAAGGUGAGGAAAAUAAAGAUAAAACCACAGAAACUGACAAAUCAGAGCGUCCUCAAAGCAUAAAUCUUCCUGAAAGUUCUGGUUCUGAAGGUACAGCUGUGAGCAGUACCUCAGAACCUCGUGAGGUAGAGUCUGGGAAGACUAAGCAGGAUUCCUCGGGAGAGAAGGUGAUUAAAGUCAGUAAGCAGGUGAGCUUCGCCGGAGAGCCGGACAAUCGGGAGGCGGGGGAGGGGGUUGACGGGUCGGGCUGUAUCGGUAACGGAGGAUCUGUGGGGAAUAAAGCAGAACCAGUUAACACCGAGACGAACGGGACUCUUCAUCAGAACCUCCAAAAACCCACAGUACUGUCCAUCUCCUCCAACACUGACCACGAGAAGAACGGUCCACCUCCACCACUGUCUCCUACUGAUGAAGGGGUUUUGUCCAUGAACCGCAGGACAGUGAAGAAGACUCGUAAGUUCAUGGUGGACGGGCGAGAGGUCAGUGUUACGACAUCAAAGGUCAUCAGUGAGAAAGACAGUAAAGAGGAGCAGAUGCGCUCAGUCAGGCGUCAGGAGCUGCAUGCUCUGAAGCAGCUUCAGCGUGAGGAGCAGAGGGAGUUUACUCAGUUGGAGCAGAAGCUGCAGCAGCAGCGGGAGCAGAUGUUCCGCCACAUCGAACAGGAAAUGAGCAGUAAGAAGCAGUACUAUGACGGGGAGCUGGAGCGGUUGGAGAAGCAGUAUCAGCAGCAGAGUGUGAGGAUGGAGACUGAACACACCCAGCGGCUGCAGGAGGAGGCCCGCCGCCUCAAAACCCAGCAGGAGAAAGAGCUGCACCGCAAAAGCAGCACCCUCAAAUCAGACCCAGUGGAGGAGCAGCGAUUUCUGCAGAAGCAGCAGCAGGAGCUGAACGAUGCUCUUCAGAAAGCCGUACAGGAACACAAGAGGAAAGUGGCCUCCAUGGACUGGGAGGUUACAGUCAAAUCACAGCAGCUGAAGAGAGCGCGAGAGUCUGUGAUCUGGGAGCUGGAACAGCGCCACCUGCAGGAGAAGUACCACCUGUUUAAGCAGCAGGUGAAGGAGCAGUACUCUCUACAGCGCCAGCAGCUCAGCAAGAGACACAACAAGGAUAUGGAGCGGGCGAGUCGGUUCCAGCAGUCUCUUGUGGAGGAGCAGAAGUCGGCUCAGGCUCAGGAGAGAGGCCGACUCCUCAAAGCCCAGCGCGCCGAGUCCAAAACCCGCCUGGCCCAGUACCGCCAGGAGCUCAGGAAGCAGGGGCUCACCGGACCCGAGCAGAGACACAAAAUCACACAGUUCCUGGCGGAGGAGGAGUCCAGGCAGAAGCAGGAGCGCAGUCAGCUGCAGGAGACGCAGGAGAGUCAGCUGAAGGAGGUGCAGGAGCAAUGCGACGCUAACAUCACCGAACUCCAGCAGCUGCAGAACGAGAAGCUGCAGGUUCUGGUGGAGAUGGAGAAGAAGAAGAUCAAAUGUCUGGAAGAUGAGCACACACUGGAGCUGAACGAGUGGAGGGAUAAACUUGCCUGCAGGAAGGAGGCAUUAGAGGAAGACCUGGCUCGUAAGAGGAGGGAAUAUGAAGGCAGUAGGAGGCGGGGCAGUGAACCCGAGUCCCGGUUCCAGGCCCGGCGCGCCCGGUUCUUCCCCAGCCUGAGCUUCUCCUGAACCAGACAGCCCCACCCCCAUCGUAGCCACACCCCUCACAGCUCCGCCCCCUUACAGCUCCACCCAGCUAUAACAGAAGCUCCACAGCUUCUGUUAUAGAAUGUAUAAUAUAUAAAUGUUAAAAUAUGUACAGAACCUUACAUACACACCUCGACUCGGGGACAACUGUAAACAUAUGUAUAUAGAUUAUUAAUUACAUGCUAAGCUAGUUAGCACUGACUUUUACACUGACAUGCCAAAAGUCAUGGGACAGCAAUUUGUAAACUGAUGAUAGUUAUCUGUUGCCAUUGUGUUUAGGUGUGCAGAAUUCUCCAUAAUACAUUGUUGUCAACUGGCAUCUCUGACGAUGCUAUCCUGGGAAAAUGCUAACAGGGCUAACCUACACUCUAAAAAAACAGAGGUACGAAAUGAGUACUUUUUUGUACUCAAAGGUACAUUCUUUAUAAUUGUACCUUAAAUGGUACAAAAUUGGUCAGAUUUGUUCCCUUUGAAGUACAAAGUAAUUCCUAACAGCAAUAAGUACAGAUUUGUACCAUUUAACCAGCCAAAUGGUACAUUCAGUAUUCUGUAUCACUGUACUAAUAAACAAUAUAUAUUUUAAUUGCAUAUUUUUCAUUUGAAAGCCAGACAAUUUUAGAUCAUCAUGUUUUUGACACAUAUUUAGUUCAUGAUAAUGUUUACAAUCUUUAUAAUCUUUACUGGCACAAAAUAUGGGUACAAAAAAGGACUUUCACUGAAAGGUAAUUUUUUGUACCUCAUAUGAGGUACAACCCCAGCGACAAGCUUUGUACUCUUUUAGGUACAAAUCUGUACUUACUUUUCUCAGUGUGUAUAACAGUGAUAACAGUGCUAACCUGUGGCAGAGCUAACAGUGCUAACCUAGGACAGUGAUAACAAUGCUAACCUGGAACAGUGCUAACAGUGCUUACCUGGAACACUCCUAACACGGCUAACCUGGGACAGUGCUAACAGUGCUAACAGUGCUAACGUGAAACAGUGCUAACAGCGCUAACCUAGGACAGUGAUAACAAUGCUAACCUGCAACAGUGCUAACAGUGCUUACCUGGAACAGUUCUAACAGUGCUAACUUGGAACAGCGCUAACCUAGGACAGUGAUAACAAUGCUAACCUGGGACAGUGGUAACACUGCUAACAGUGCUAACCUGGCACAGUAUUAAAUAUGUUAACCUAGAACAUUGCAUUGUUUUUUAGACUCCAUGGGACAUGCCAAAAGUCAUGGGACACGAUACUGAUUCCUGUCCAUUAACAUAUGGCAUUGCAUGUCAGUGGCUUUCAAAUGCAUCCUCCUCACAUCCAUGCAAAGAACAGGAGUGAACAUGUAUAAACACUGAAGUUUCUCCUACUUUACGUUAUGUUUAUUCACGUUUAUGAACUGAAUUGAACAUAUUUGUUGCACUCCAACUUGAUGAAUUAAUAACUGUAGAAUAUAUAACUCAUUUAUCUCAAAAACUCAUCCCUAUUCUCAGUUUUUCAAGGGUUAGGAUCAAAGAUUAAAUUCAGGACUUAAAGGAACAUUUAGGGGUUUCCCUAAAACCACUAGAAAGUCUAGAAACACUUUAGAUAAACACAUUUUUUCUGCAACAUACUGAUCUUUAAGGGUUUGUUAAGGGCAAUCUCAAGGAAAAGUAUUCACUCAAGGUGUUUUAUGCGACUGUGUUUUAUUGGAAAUUUUGCUCAAAGACAUUAUAUAUAUAUAAAAAAAUAUAUAUAUAGACUUUGUUUUGCUACGCAUGUGUAUAAGCUGUGUCAGCGUGUGGCUUCCUGCCCAGCUGAUCUGUUGAUAAUCAUGUUUGUCUGUUUUCAUGUAGAAAUAAGAAAAUAAAUGUUUUAAGAAAAUAAAAGAAGUAUAACAAACUA